GAGAGAGAUCCGUCUGGAGAGCAGCUCAGUUUGAAAACUCUCCGAGCGCGGUGCCCGCGCCUUGACCCCGCAGGUCUCCGCCUAGCUGGGGCUGAGCAAGAAUUCGGGGUGACAGCGCGGGGACGGAGACGCCAGUGGCCCUUGCAAACGGAGUGGGGAGCGCAGCCCGCCCCACCAUCAUGCCGCGUUCGUUCCUUGUUAAGAGCAAGAAGGCUCACAGUUACCACCAACCGCGCUCCCCGGGACCCGACUAUUCCCUCCAACCGGAGCACGUCCCGGCGCCAGGCGGAGCAGGCAGCACCUCGGGCGCAGCGGGGGUGAAGGUGGAGCCCGGGAGCCGUUUGUCUCCCGAGUCGCAGCUGACGGAGACCCCCGACGGAGCCUCCGCGUCCCCCGGCAGCAGCGAGGGCAGCGGCUGCGACCGCAGCUCGGAAUUCGAGGACUUUUGGAGGCCGCCGUCGCCCUCCGUGUCUCCGGCCUCGGAGAAGUCGGUGUGCCCAUCGCUGGACGAAGCUCAGCCCUUCCCCUUGCCCUUCAAGCCCUACUCGUGGAGCGGCCUGGUGGGUUCUGACCUGCGGAAUUUGGUGCAGAGCUACCGGCCGUGCGCGGCCCUGGAGCGCGGCGCAGGCCUGGGCCUCUUCUGCGAGCGCACCCCGGAGCCAGGCCACCCCGCGGCGCUGUACGGCCCGGAGCGGACGGCGGGCGGCGCGGGGGCCGGGGCGCCCGGGGGAGGUAGCGCAGGAGGCGGCGCGGGCUUGGGGCUCUACGGCGACUUCGGGCCGGCGGUGGCCGGGCUGUACGAGCGGCCGACGGCGGCGGCGGGCGGGCUGUACCCGGAGCGUAGCCACGGGCUGCACGCGGACAAAGGCGCUGGUGUCAAGGUGGAGUCGGAGCUACUGUGCACCCGCCUGCUGCUGGGCGGUGGCUCCUACAAGUGCAUCAAGUGCAGCAAGGUGUUCUCCACGCCGCACGGGCUCGAGGUGCAUGUGCGCAGGUCUCACAGCGGCACGAGGCCCUUUGCGUGUGAGAUAUGCGGCAAGACCUUCGGGCACGCGGUGAGCCUGGAGCAGCACAAAGCCGUGCACUCACAGGAAAGGAGCUUUGACUGUAAGAUCUGUGGCAAGAGCUUUAAGAGGUCAUCGACGUUGUCCACACACCUCCUCAUCCAUUCAGACACCCGGCCCUACCCCUGUCAGUACUGUGGCAAGAGGUUCCAUCAGAAGUCAGACAUGAAAAAACACACCUUCAUCCACACUGGUGAGAAGCCCCACAAGUGCCAGGUGUGCGGCAAGGCCUUCAGCCAGAGCUCCAACCUCAUCACCCACAGCCGCAAGCACACAGGCUUCAAGCCCUUCGGCUGUGACUUGUGUGGGAAGGGCUUCCAGAGGAAGGUGGACCUCAGGCGGCACCGGGAGACGCAGCACGGGCUCAAAUGAGUGCCCUGGCGGGCCACACACAAUCACACAACACUAGGGAGGGUGGCCUGCCCACUGGCCAGCAGCCACUUCUGACUUCUCAGGCCCCCGAGGCUGCAGAUCCCACCUGGGUGAUCCCCCUUCACCUCACGUCCGGGAGCCCCUAGAGGGGAUGUUACCUUUUCAAGGUUCAUCCAGGAGUGGGAUCCAAAUGACUCUGGGUGCCUUGGACACAGGGAACAGCCUCUCGAAAAGUGAAGUCUUGUAUCUUGGGACCCUCUGUCCUGCUCCCAAGACAGGAAGGCCCUUCAGGUUUCUUCACUCCUCCUCCUGCCCCACCCAGACACUUGUGUGGAAAAGGAGGAAUCACUAUUUACAAGGUGGACACGCGUUAAUGCCGUUGUCGUUUUAACUCCAGAAUGAAGAAGGAGUGUUUUUAUUUUCAUUUUGGGGGGUCCGCUGACCCCUUUCUGUGAGGUGCUGCCUGUAAAUCUUGGAGGAAUCAUUUCUCCCACUUGAAGACGGUUUCAGAAACUGAUUUGGGGAAGUAGUUUCAUACUUUUGAAGUGACAAGACACACUGAACAGCCUGGCCCCAAGAAAGAGUUCAAGAACGGUGGACUUGGUGAUGAGAAGAGAUUAGAGGCCGGCGAAGGCUUCAUCAAAGGCUUCAUCGGGGAGGAGGUGAAAGCACAGAGCAGCGCCCUUACAAGAUAGCAUCCAUUUACUCAGCAAAUGUUUGUUGGCCACCCGUUACCAUGGUACCAGGCCCUCGCUGGAUACGGGGGAACCAGAUACCAAGGUCACGCCCCGGGCUAACAGUCACACCUCCAGUGGCUGGGUCUGUUCUUUUCCUCCGAAGGAAUUCCGAGAAGACAAAGCAGAAUCGUGAACCUUCCCUUCUGACCCCUUUGGAUUUUAUCAACCACAAACAAAAUAUAACUGAACAGAUACUUCAGAGAUGUGUGUGAAUACUCAGUUUUUUACUGUUCAGUUGAAUUUUUUUAAAAGAUGCCUAAACUAGCAGGCGUGGGGGAGUGAAGGCUCUGUCUUCAACACUUAGCCCUUCCACGUGCACCAUGGAGAGAGAAAAAAAUGCUAUUUUCCUUUGGUGAGGUUUAUAAAUGUUUUUUAGGUAUUCUGGAGUGCAUUAUGUUUGUUCAUACAUAUUUAUUAGAGUGAUGUUUUAAGUUAAUAAAGUAUUGAGA